UCGCCGGCGCCAGGGCCCAGACCCCCGGGAGUUGGGGGGCCCCCGGCGCGGCGGCUGCGGUGUCCCCGGCCUCCCGCGAGUCUCCGCGCUCCUCCCUCGCGGCGGGAGAGGCGCGAGCAGAGCGCAGCGCGCACGGCCGAGCGGCGCCCUCCGUCCGUCCGGGCAGAGUCCGGGACCAUGGCGGCGCCGGGACGCGGCCCCCGAGCCCCGCUCUGGGCGGCCGCGCUGCUCCUGCUGGGCUUCCCGCGCCUCGCCGUGCGCGCCGAGGGAAAGCUCUUUGUGCUGGAGUCUCCGAAUGGCUCUCUGGGCCUGCAGCUGGAAGCAGCUCGGCUUUCCUGCAAGGGCCGGGGCGCCCACCUGGUGUCUGCGGACGAGCUGCGGAGGGUGGUCCAAGACUGUGCCUUCUCCGUGUGCACCACAGGCUGGCUGGCGGAUGGCACCCUCGGGACAACUGUAUGUAGUAAGGGGAAUGGUGAACAGCAGACCAUGAGAGCUGUCGACGUAAAAAUUGACAACAACCCAGUUCCUGGAGGCACAUACAAUGCCCUUUGCAUUAAGGAUGAAGAGAAGCCAUGCGGAGACCCGCCCUCCUUCCCCCACACCAUCCUGCAGGGACGCACGGGCCUGGAGAUGGGGGACGAGCUGCUGUACGUGUGUGCGCCGGGCCACGUCACGGGCCGCCGAGAGACAGCCUUCACCUUGCUGUGCAACAGCUGCGGCGAGUGGUACGGCCUGGCGCAGGCCUGCGGGAAAGAUGAGGCUGAGGCACAUAUUGACUAUGAAGACAAUUUCCCUGACGAUAGAUCCGUGUCAUUCAGAGAACUCAUGGAGGAUUCCCGGACAGAGGAGGAAGAGGACAGGAGUCAGGCAGAGGCGUCUGAAGAGGCCCCCAAACCAGACCACCUGGUCUCCACCACUGCAGGGAGAGAAAACAGGGCCCGGGAUUCGACCUCUGUACCCACCAUGGGCUGGCCCAGAGCUGGGAGCAAUGUCCCCACAGCCCUGCCGGGUCCCCAGCUAAAUCAGAAGCAUUUGUUCUGGUUUCCUGCCGAGACCUUCCACAAGCCCGAGAUGGAAAAGGAGGCGAAUGAUGACACCAGAAAGCACCUUCCUGCUGGAGACAACCACAGUGGCCUAACGCUGGCCACCAGUGAGCUGGAGGCCGAGGUAACCUCAAACAGCUCUGUCACCCUCUCAGGGACAUUCGCGGGCAGGAAUGACAGCAGGGCUGGGGACGCGAUGGUGAGCAGCAGUGACGAGUCCUGGCUGGAUGGCUACCCUGUGACAGACAGCGCGUGGAGGAAGACAGGAGCCGAGGAAGAGGAGGAAGAUGGGGACAAGGGGGAUGGGUCCGUCGGACUGGAGGAAAGUGUCCUCGUUACUCUCACCCAGCCCAUUCUCGUGGAAGUCAAGAAGUCCCAGAGCACCACCCUCCUGCCAGGCGCAGACCCGGCCCACCAUUCGCUUCCGUCCCAAACAUUCGACCUAGAAGCUUUGGCCCUCAAGCCUGUAAACAUGUCGGACACCACAGGCCCCGGCAGGGAGGAUGGUGACUUGAACCAGUCAACUCUUCCUUGGAGCUCCGCCACCGAGAAGUCUCCCACGGCCACCCUCCCCUCGGAGCUCACCGCCUCCGCCCUGGACACGGGCACCGUCGUCCAGCCGAUGCAUCGCCACGUUCCCUCCACCCUCGUGGUGGCCACCCAGACGCCCGUGGAGAGCACCGUUCCCGAGGCCCAGGACAGCUUCCCCUACGUGCUCUCAGAGGACUUCCUGGAGCAGGAAGGCCCAGGCCCACAGGCAGGGGAGGAGCUUCUCCCGACCCUGCAGCCGUGCUACGGGGAGGAGUGUCCCAACCUCAGCCGAGGCCCAGUCAUCGCCACCGUUGUCACCGUCCUGUGUCUGCUGCUGCUCCUGGCGGGGGUGGGCGCCGUGUGGGGCUACCGCAGAUGCCAGCACAAGAGCUCCGUGUACAAGCUGAACGUUGGCCAGCGGCAGGCUCGGCACUACCACCAGCAGAUUGAGAUGGAGAAAGUCUAAGCCGCCCCCAGAGGGAGCAAGGCCACAGCCUCUGGGGAGGAGGAGGCAGCGCGUGCGUCCCACGGAUAAACACUCAGCGUCCACGCCAGCAGGGUGCCGGCCGGAAGGGCGCCUCUGUUUCCUUUCUCGGGUCUUUGUUUCAGAGGCUGAGAAGUGUUUCUGGAGGCACCUGGCAGGGCAAGAAGUCUCGGGUGCCCCCUCACACCCAUCACUGUCUCCUCCACCGUCCGCCCUCGGAGGAAUUGCACUAAUCCCAGACCUGUGCUUGGGCCCUCGUGCCAACGGAAGGUCAGAACUCACCUCUUGCUUCAUCGCACUCUACUUCUCUCCUUCUUCUUCUUUCAAAAGAAAUAACUUACUCUGGGACCCGAACAUUUCAAAAAGAUGGGCGAAAUGGAGCCACCAAGAGCAGUGUUAUGUUAAGAUGUGGCAGUUUAAUUGUUGGGAAGUGUGCUAAUACAAGAAUAAUGCGUUAGGGGCUGGAGCGAUAGGACAGCAGGGAGGGCGUUUGCCUUGCAUGUGGUCAACCCAGGUUCUAUCCCCAGCAUCCCAUGUGGUCCUCCGAGCACCAUCAGGAGUGAUUCCUGAAUGCAGAGCCAGGAGUAACUCCUGAGCAUCACUGGGUGUGACCCAAAAAGAAAAAAAAAAAAGAAUAGUGGGUAAUUUCCUCGUAGGGUUGAGAUGUUGCUAAAGGCAGAGGAGCCCCAAGAACCAAGACAUUGUCUAGAUGCUUUGGGGGGUUUUAUCCAAUUGAUAUCAGAGUCUAUGUAAGAUGGAUAUUUUAAUGGGGGUGGGGAGGGAAGAAGAGAGGCAUACUACAUACUGACCUCGCUUGCCUCCCUUCUGUGGACAGUCCAUCCUUUCUAAAUGACAAGGUCACCUUUGUUCCUGGAAGCACUGUCUCCUCUCUCCAGCAGUGCCUAGUUGUCCUUGGCUAGUGCUAGCCUAGAAAUGUCUCAGUAUUCUUGCUCUACGUCACAGAUCCCAGGAUAAGUUUAUCACUGGGGAGCUACAUCAUAGAGAAGUAGAGGAAUCAUCAAAGAAUAGAAAACGAUCUGGGCCCACCUAGUCUUCACUCUGUUGUGGAAGUUGGGACUCCAUGGGCACAGCACGAAUCCGGGGAGACCACAUCCUGGCUGGCGGGCACGCCCCAUUCAUAGUCCCUAGUAUCAGUUAUGACAAUGGACCUCCGAGCGUGGUAGUCCUGAGACCUGCAGCACCCACACAACCAGGGGACUCUCUAGACAUGUAGGGCACCAAGUGCCAUCCCAGUCUUAGGAAGCAGAAAUGAGUUGGGGACAACAAGGUUAUUCUGAGACACUCAAGUCUGAGAAUCAUCGCUCUGAGGCACAGAGGCCCAGGAACUCCUGUGACCUGCAUGGAAUCAGAUGUGGCCAGGGGUAGCUGAGCCCUGCAGCCCUCGCAGCCCUCACCGGUGGUCUUACUGGUGCAGAAACAUAAUCUGUUUUUCUGGUAGAAGGCACCUUCUUAGACAGUAGUUUUUCAGUGGUGAGAAGUGAAGGCAAUACAGUCCUUACCAGAGAAUCAAGCAUUGUUGUGUGGCCUGAGAGAGGUCCUGCUCUUUCUCACAGUGGAACUCUUACCGGUGGCGUUUUCCCAAGGAAGAACAUUUUUAUAAGAUAUUUUCUACUCGACCACCUCUUUUUGGAUACGAUCCUUGGAAAAGGAAUAGGCCGAUGGGCCAUAAAGGUGGUACAGCAUCAGAAAGACCUAGUGCCUAGACUUAGGGCAAAUGAAGACCCGGAGGUAGCAAGUGGAAUACCUGUGCGGCAGAUCAAACCUAGAACAACAGAAAUGAGAUGCUGUCUGCGUGGAGCCAAAGCAAAACACAACAGAAUAAAAGCUAGAGAUUUUAUGUAUUUAUACAUUCGGUUCUUUCCUGAUCUUUCACAAGGUCACUUUUCUGUUUUUAACUAUAUAUAAUAAUCUUCAUGUCGACCACCGGGAUCAUGUUGUUCAUUGUUCAACUAUUGUAAUAACCCAAGAACACUGACUUAAUGCCAACACAAGAAUAAGUAAUAUUAAUACAAAUGUAUUAAUAAAUUUUACCAAUAUAUUAAUACAUGUAAAAAUUCUAUUUUGUAGUAAUGGACUGCAAAAUAAACCCAAUACAUUAAGUUUUUAUUGGUUGGUGUCAUCUAAAUUAAUGUCACAGGAUCUAAACAUCCAUGCAGAAAAGGAACAAUGCAAUGCUGUGUGUAAGUAAACCUAAAUUGUUGGGAUGCAUGUUUUGAGGCUUAUGAAAACUGGCAGGAGGGAGCACCCAUUAACACAAAGCUUCUGAAAUAUUUAAAAUAAAUACUUCUUUCCUCUCCAACAAUUGCAUAAUGUCAUUUAUAUAUGGAUUGAAUCAUAGUGAUUUCUUUUUCUUUUUUUUUUUUAAGAAAAUUAUUCUCCAGGGGCCAGACCAAUAAUACAUCGACAAGGGCACUUGUCUUACACAUGACAAACCCAGGUUCAAUUCUGGGCACCCCAUAUGGUCCCCUGAGCCCUACCAGGAGUGAUCCCAGAGCUCAGAGCCAGGAGUAAACCCUGAGCACCACCAGUUAUGGCCCCAAAACAACCAAAAAAUGACUCUCCAGUAAUCUUGAUUGGCACUGCUGUUUAAGGAGCCAGAGAGAUAGUACAGUGGAUAAGGCACAUAGACAACCCUGGUUCAAUCCCCAGGACCCCAUAUGAUUCCCGGAGCUGGCCAGGAGUAAGCCCUGAGCACCACCAGGGGUGGCACAAAAUAAGAACAGAACAAUUGAAAGCUUAUAACUAUAUCUCAUGGUGAUUCAAUUAAAAAAAAUUUUUUUUUCAAAAGCUAGCAAGAACAGAACAAAAAGAUAGCUCUGCUUAAGCCUCUCACCUUGUUGCCUGCUGAAGCAGGAAUUUAGGCAGGUCUACAGCCUGCCCCUUCCUCCUCUCCGCCCCCUCCUCCCCACACCCAACAGAAAGCCCAGGACCUCGCUCACUCUAAGUGUGGGUCCUGGGCCAGCAAUACAGGCAUCCCUUGGGAGCUGGUUAGAAAUUAAGAAUCUCUCAGCUUCUCCCCUGACCUGCUGGCCCAGCACCUAAAUUUAACACAGUGCUGGGAGCAUGAAAUGAAGUUUGACAUGUACCGUCUCCAGAGACCAGAACCGACCCGACGCUCAAAAGAAUCACUAAACAGGACCAAAUCACAGAAGUAUGGGACGGGCAAGAGACCCUCGAGGGGGACUGGAGGGCUGUUGAAGAGAUCAGGAGAGCGUGGGCAAUGAAGAGGCUCUGCCCGCAGGCGCUCGGGCUCAGGAAGGCUGCCCUGGCCCAGCUCUGGCCAGGAGGAAGCAGGAUGUUGCAAGACCAACACCUCUCCUCCACUUCGAAUUCUCUUGCCUGGGCAACCCAGCGACCGCAGCAACGAUGAAUGAGGGACAAUAACAACCACAGGGCGAGGCCCCUGGAGCACAGGGCAGGGUGGAAAAGAAAUAUGAGAAGUGAGGGCUGGAGUGAGAGUAUAGCAGCCGGGGCAUUGGUCCUGCAUGCGGCCAACUUGGGUUCGAUCCCCGGCACCCCAUAGGGUUUCCCAAGUUCGCCAAGAGUGAUCCCUGAACACAGAGCCAGGAGUAAGUCCUGACCGCUGCCUGGUGAGGUCCAAGCCCCCCGCGCCCCCAAAAGAGAGAGGUCUUGGAGGAGCGAAUGGAGAGAUGCGACUCGGAAGCUGUCCGCUGCAAUCCAGCCUGCUCGGGUUCCUAAACAGUGUCACAGAUGUUAGUGCCCACCCAGGUCCCCUUUUCUACAGUGAACCCGUCCUCCAGCGGCCCUGGUGGCUACUGACACGCUCAUCGUCGCACCCAGAAAACUGCCUUGCCCAGGACUUAGGCCCGCCCUCUGCCCGGCCAGCCUCCUGGGGAUCAGGAUCCGGUGUCCACCGAGACCGUCUGCUAGCUCGCUCCUUCCAGCUUCCCUUGUGCACCUUCUCCCGAGUCCUCCAGCCCUGGCACAAGACUAGGCUUCAAGGGAUUCCCACCUAAGCCAUCGAUCAGCUUUCAAACUCUUUUGCUCUACAUGGACGCUCCACCUCAGAGCAGACUUUCCACAGGGUCCUCGGAGACCCAGAAAAACCCCUCUGUGCUCCACCUCUUGUAAUGGCAGGGGUUCGAUUCUCCACACCAUGCUUCUCUACUUCAGCACCGGCUGAUUCUUUACAGCUUCCAUCUGCCUCUAUUUGAGGCUCUUUCUCCUGCCCAUCCAGCAGUGCCACACACGCAGCCUCGGUGGCGGCCAGCAGGCCUGCCUGAGCCAUUUCUAGUCCUCGCUUGAAGGAGGAACUAUUCUAUCAUGCCUCAGACACUGGCAGGGAUGAGCCAGCCCAUCAGAUCCAAAGCAAGCCAUGGAUUCCAAGUAUUUUUCCUGGUGGGCUCCCAUAUCUGAGAGAACCUUCUGGGGAGGCGUGAGCCUCUCCCUCUGGAAAGACUCCCGAUGAGCACUUGGCAGAUAAGCACCACCAUCCCCCCCACACACACACACACACACUCCAGUACCCCCUGUGAUAUCUUAGGCAGUUUGGGAUGAGGACACUGCAUGCUAGAUGAACAGCAGACAUCUCAGGACAGGAAAAAGAACAUGUUACAAACAUGCACCCUGGCAUAACUGAGUGUGGUUAAGACAUUCCCAUCCAGGGGCUGGAGUGAUAGCACAGCAGGUAGGGCGUUUGCCUUGCACGAGGCCGACCCGGGUUCGAUUCCCAGCAUCCCAUAUGGUCCCCUAAGCACCGCCAGGGGUGAUUCCUGAGUGCAGAGCCAGGAGGAAGCCCUGUGCAUUGCCAGGUGUGACCCAAAAAGAAGAAAAAAAAAAGACAUUCCCAUCCAGGGGGAAAAGAAAAAAUGGGGGUGGGUGGGUAGAGAACUAGAAUAGUAGAUAAAGCCUUGCAUGCCUUGCAUGCAGCCAGCCCAGGUUCCAUCCCCAGAACUACAUAUGGUCCCCCAAGUCCCACCAGGAUUGAUCCCUGAGCACAGAGCCAGGAGUCAGCUCUGAGCACUGCCAGGUGUUCCCC